UGGUCGUCUGUUAAACCCAGCCCCCACAUGCUCCCCCCCGCCUCCAUCCCCGCCUCCCCCUAGCAGGCACGGCCUCUCACCACCUCACCAGCCGCAGUCAUGGCGACCCCAUCGUACGCGGGUGUGAAGUGCCUCAACACAUCGUCCUCCAGCCGCAAGCGCUUUGUGUUCAAGAGCUUCUCGCAGCGGGUGGAGGAGAUCGACAUCGAUGUGUACCGUAGCCUCCACGCGGUGAAGGCGGAGCCUUCUAGCGGUUCCUCGUUUCUCCUCGACGCCCUCGUGGAGUGGAGGGAGCUGAAUACUGCAGAAGACUUCAUCUCUUUGUAUGAUGAGAUAAUACCAUUGGUGCAAACACUACCACAAAUUGUAUUGCACUGUGAAAAAAUAUUUUCUGGGCUGCUACAAAGAGUAAACAUGAAGGCACGAUUGUCCCUCGAACCAAUACUCAUGUUAAUUGCAGCUCUCUCCAGGGAUAUUCUAAAGGAUUUUUUGCCGUUUCUAGGAAGAUAUUCUAGUGCUAUUGUUGCUCUUCUUAGUGAUGGAGGCGAUCGUGACCCUGAAAUCCUAGAGCAGGUCUUCACAUCUUGGUCAUGUAUAAUGAUGUACUUGCAAAAGUAUCUAGUAGAAGAUGUUGUCCAGAUUCUCAGGAUCACAGCUGCAUUGAGAUUUUUCCCGAAGGAUUAUGUUAGAGAAUUUAUGGCUGAAUCUGUUUCAUUUUUGCUGAGGAAUGCACCUAAUAGUCAACUAACACAAGGUUUGAGGAAAGCUCUUCUUGAGGCUGCUAAAAAUCCAUCUCCUAUACGAAUAGAUGGGGUGACUGCUUUGCUAUGGCAUGUCAUGAGAGGAACUUAUGCCAAGCUUCACUCAAGAGCUGGAAAAGUCAUGAAGUUCUUGUUGAGCAAGUCAAUCCUUACCAGUAUCGAUGUUAAAUUCCCAAAUGGGUCUUCUACUAUUCGUGAGGUUGUAACUGGUGUGGUUGAUCGAUUAUCCAAUGAAGUGGACCAGAAAGAGUUGGCAUUGAUAUAUACUUGUUUAUUUGAAGAGAUCACAAACUGUAUUAAAGAUGACUGCGUGGAACAUUUGAAGUACCUGAUUGAUUUUCUUACAUUUGCUCUACAAAACAGCAAGCAGAGUGAUGUGAUUGAUAAGGACAACAUGGUUAAACUUGUUAAGUUGCUGGUCUGCAAGUAUGUCGAGCCUGGUAGCAGCACAGGGGAGGCUUCAUCUGGGCUUCUUGGAAGUAUCUUGGACUUUCUGAUUUGUGUUCUGGAUGUUCCAGUUAUUUCUUGCAAUUUAUCCAUCAUAUAUGCACCAGUAUUUGAACUAACAAAUUUGAGUGUGGUUGUCUUUAUAAAAAAACUAUUGGAGAAAGGCCCACAAAUUAUACAGGCUUUUGAAAGUCAUAUAUUGGGUGCAAUGGAUAAUUUUAUAGAGUCUUCACCUGAGGACGUCAUCUUUAUCCUUCUGAAUUUCUUUAAGAGAGCAACAGAUGGAAUAACUCAUGGCAUUGAUGGAACUCAUCUUUAUGGGAAGAAGAAAGUGUACAAGUUCUUUGAGUCAAAAGUUUUUUCAUCGAUAGAGUUAUUAGAUGAUAUAGUCAAGACUGGCAAUCACUCAAGUAAUCAGGUAAGUGAAAAGGAAGCUGCAAUACUAUGGGGAUCUAUUCGCUGCUACCCGAAUAUGAAAGAUGUCCCUCGAGAUAGUUUAUCAAUGCUCAGUAAGUUCAUCUGCAGCCUUGAUCAGUUACUUGAGGUGGAAGAAGAUAGCAUUAGCGGUCUUCCUAAGAAUACCUGGAGAAGUCUACUUGGUGCAUCAUUAUUAUCAUACCAUGAAUUACUACCGGCUAACGUCAGUAGAAAUUCGGAAUCAGGGCUUUUCCUAUCUCUUGCCAAGAAGCACAGCACAUGUCCACAAGUACUCUCCGCUGUAGCUGAAUAUUUGGAUUCCCUGCAUGGAACGACUUCCCUGGGGAUGACAGAAGAAUUUGAUCCACAGAAUCUUUUGAAUUCAUUCUCUAUCUUUGGUGCUAACUUGAGCAGUCCAAAUAAGAAUAUCAGGGUUUUAACAUUGAGAAUAUUAUCCUAUUUUGCUAAGAUGGACAAACGUCUAGCCUCAGAUGAUGAGCGGCCAUACAAGAGGCAAAGAACAGAAGAUUCUGCAGAGGAAAAUAUCGACAUUAAAUACAGUAAUGUUCUGGACACCCUUCUGGCUGUUGAAUCAACUCCAGUUUCAGUAUCUACUAGCCGGAAAAUUGCUAUCUUUAUUUCUCGGAUACAGAUGAGUAUAUCUUCUAAUAUGGUUCAUGACGAUUACAUACCUCUUCUCCUGCAUGGGAUUAUUGGCAUCUUAUACAAUAGAUUUAGUGAUCUGUGGCCACCAGCACUGGAUUGUCUUAGUGUCCUUGUUAGCAAACACAAGGGGCUCGUCUGGAGUCAGUUUAUUGAAUUUAUUUCAAUUCAUCAGUCAAAGGGUCUGACUCUGAAAAAUCAGGAGAAGCUGGAAGCUGCAAUCCACCCUCAGUCUAUUUUUGAGUGCUUCAGCACAUAUAUUGUUACAGUAUUUGAGUACACACCUCUUGAGACGAUUGCUACACUUUUGCUUCAAUCCCUUCAGAAGAUACCUGAUGUUGCUGAAUCUAGCUCUCGACAUCUUGUGCCGCUAUUUUUAAACUUCAUGGGCUAUAACGAUAGCAGCAUCACUAGUGUUGAUUCAUAUAUGUCUGACAAUUGUAAAGGCAAGCAAUGGAAGAUGAUUCUAAAGGAAUGGCUGAACUUGUUGAGAGUAAUGCGUGAUGCUCGAUCGUUGUCCCAGAGCAAGGUUAUUCAGGAAAUAUUAACUGAAAGGGUGCUUGAUGAGAGUGAUCCUGACAUACAGGCAAAAGCAUUGGAUUGCCUUUUGAACUGGAAGGAUGAGUUCUUGAUGCCAUACAGUCAAAACCUUAAAAAUCUGGUUGAAUUAAAGACUCUUCGUGAAGAGCUCACCACAUGGGCAGUUUCACAUGAUUCCUUGUCCAUUCAGAAAUGCCACAGAAGUCGUGUUGUUCCGUUGGUUAUCCGUGUUUUAACACCAAAAUUAAGGAAACUAAAGCUGCUUGGUUCUCGUAAGCACACAGGUGUCAGUCAUCGAAAGGCAAUUCUCCGUUUCCUUCUGCAGUUUGAUUCAAAUGAACUUCAGCUUUUCUUCUCAUUACUUCUGAAGUCCUUGGUCCCGGGGAGUCUUCAACUUGAAAUGUCCUGUCGUGAGUCUGGCAACCUGCUUGGAAAUAUUUCUGACAUCGUGGGAAUUUCAAAGGAGAUCUGUGUAGAGAACCUUACAUGGAAGAAGGCCAAUGGUUUUCUUCAUUUGGUUGAAGAAAUUUUUGGUACUUUUGGUAUGGCACACAUAAGUCCAUUUCUGAAUGCUCUAUUGAUCAUUGUUGUUUGCUUGUUGGAGAGUUGUAUGCGGAAUCUCGGAAACAAGAGCGAUGAGAUACACCAAUCAAAUCACCCUGACAAUGAUUGUUCCAUGAACGAGGAAGCAGACAGUUCUAUAAACAUGAAAACAUGCUCAGAAGAGAUGGCGGAAGCAGAUGAUACUGAGGCAAGUGCCUCAGUCAAGCAAUUAAAGGAUUUAAGGUCUUUAUGUAUUAGGAUUGUUUCCUUGGCACUUAGUCAGUAUGAAAGUCAUGACUUUGGAGAAUACUUCUGGAAUACCUUUUUUGCUUCUGUGAAACCUCUGAUUGACUGCUUCAAACAAGAGGCUUCGAGUAGUCAGAAACCGGGCUCAUUAUUUUCAUGCUUCAUGGUAAUGAGCCAGAGCCCAAAAUUAGCACCAUUGUUGGCGACAAAUAACCUUGUGCCAGCCAUUUUUUCUAUUUUGACUGUGAAGACUGCGUCAGAAUCUAUCACCUCCCAUGCACUUCAGUUUAUUGAGAAUCUAUUGAGGCUAGAUAAUGAUUUGGAGCAGGAAGAUGACCACUCGGUGAAGAAAAUUCUGGUUCAACAUAUGAAUGUUCUUCUCCAUAGUCUCCAUGUUUUUGUUAAUUAUCGCAAAGAGCUUCACAGGAGAUCUGGGAGAUGGCUUGGGAAACGUGAACUUCGGUUGUUUAAAUUAUUGUUGAAUUACAUAACAGACCCCUCAGCUGCAGAGCAUGUUGUAGACCUCGUCCUUCCUUUUUUCAGCAAGAAGGAUUUGAAUUCUGAUGAGUGUCUGGAAGCUCUGCAUGUUGUAAGGGGGAUACUUCCAAAUCUACGAGUUGCAGUGUGUGCAAAAAUUAUAAAUGCACUUAACCCAUUGCUUGCGACUGUCGGUCUUGAACUGCGGCUAUGCAUCUGUGAUAUUUAUGAGGGACUGUCAUCGCACGAGUCUUCAGUGACACCACUGGCUAGGUUACUGCGAGAUCUGAAUGCGGUCUCGGCCUCAGAACUUGGGGAACUAGAUUAUGACACGAGAAUUAAAGCAUAUGAUAUGGUUCAGCCGCGGUUGUUUCAUGGCAUGAGAGAAGAGCAUAUGGGUGCCAUAUUAUCUCACUGCGUGUAUGAUAUGUCAUCUGAAGAGUUAAUUUUUCGGCAAAGUGCGUCCAGGGCUCUUCAGUCAUUCCUGGAAUUCUCUGCAUCAAUUAUGAAUAAUGACUCCGAAUGUUCUAGUGAAACGCCCGAUAUAAAACAUGGAGAGACUAAUUCCAGCAGCACUUGCACAAAGGGCCGUAUUCAACCAAUAUUAGAGAGAACUUACCUUCACAAUAUGGGGUUAGCAAUGUGUAAAGAUAUCUCAGUUCAGAAGGAGUGGAUCAUCUUACUUCGGGAGAUGGUCUAUAAUUUUAAUCAUGUACCAUCCUUAAACUCCUUCAGACUUCUCUGUAAGGAGGAUCUGGACGAUGAUUUUUUCCAUAAUAUAAUUCAUUUACAGGCGGGUAAAAGAUCAAAAGCAUUGUCUCUUUUCAGGCAGACAAUCAAAGAUACCAGCGUUUCAGAGGAUGUGACUAUGAAAGUCUUUGUUCCGCUAUUUUUUAACAUGUUUUUUGAUGUCAAAGCUGGGAAGGGUGAACAAGUAAGAGAUGUAUGUUUGGACACACUUUCUUCUGUUGCUGCCAAUGUGCAGUGGGAGCAUUACCGAACAAUACUGAUGAGAUGCUUCCGUGAGUUGAGUCUCAAGCCUGAUAAGCAGAAGGUCAUAUUGAGGCUAAUAUGUGCUGUUUUAGAUGCAUUCCAUUUCACGAAACCUGCAACCAAUGUCUUGAGUAAAUCCGAUUCUAUGAAUGAAGAUUCUCCUUCCCUUACGUUCUCCUUAACUACAGUCUCUUCGGAGAAGCAACGCUACCUGCGAAAGGUAGUCUUUCCACAGGUCCAGAAGUUAUUAGGAGCUGAUCCAGAGAAAGUCAAUGUCAGUAUAAACCUUGUAGCACUAAAAAUACUCAAGUUACUACCAGUGGAUUAUUUCGAGUCACAACUUUCAAGCAUCAUACAUCGAAUCUGCAACUUUCUCAAGAAUCGUCUUGAAAGCGUGCGUGAUGAAGCAAGAUCAGCUUUAGCUGCAUCUCUAAAGGAACUGGGGAUUGGCUAUUUGCAGUUUGUGGUCAAGAUAUUGAGGGCGAUACUAAAGAGGGGUUACGAGUUACAUGUUCUGGGUUACACACUUCAUUAUUUAUUAUCAAAAAUCAUAACAGCUGAGAUGAAUGGUAGUCUUGACUACUGCUUACAAGAUUUGUUGGCUGUGGUGGAGAGUGAUAUACUUGGAGAUAUUGCGGAACAAAAGGAAGUUGAAAAGAUAGCCUCCAAAAUGAAAGAGACAAAGAAGAGGAUGUCAUUUGAGACUCUUAAGCUGAUUUCUCAGAGUAUUACAUUCAGAACACAUUCUUUAAAAUUAAUCUUACCAAUUUCUGCGCAUCUUCGGAAGCACCUUACUCCAAAAUUAAGGACAAAACUGGAGACGAUGCUACACAGUAUAGCCUUGGGGAUUGAGUGCAACCCAUCAACUGAAACAUCUAACUUAUUUAUAUUUGUUUAUGGCCUUGUUGAGGAUACUAUCACAGUAAAUGAAUCUCCUUGCAGAGAGAAUAUGGAUUCUCAUUGUGGUAAAGAAAAGAUUCACAGAAAGAAUUUACUUGGACUUGGUGAGAGUGGGUUACAAAACACCUAUAUACUUACAAGGUUUGCACUUUCUUUACUGCGUAAUCGUUUGAAAAGCAUCAAGCUGCACAAGGAAGAUGAGCAACUUCUGUCGAUGUUGGAUCCUUUUGUCAACCUCUUGGGAAAAUGUCUGAGUUCUAAAUAUGAAAGUGUCCUUUCUGUUGCUUUUAGAUGUAUUGCCAUGUUGGUGAAACUUCCUUUGCCAUCUCUGAAGGACAAUGCAAAUCCUAUCAAGAAUGUACUUAUGGACAUUGCACAGAGAACUGGAAAUUCCAAUGGUCAUUUGGUUACUUCUUGUUUGAAACUACUUGCUCAUCUACUUAGAGGCUUCCGAAUUUCACUUUCAGAUGACCAGCUCCAGAUGGUUAUUCGUUUCCCCAUUUUUGUUGACCUCCAGACAAACCCUUCUCCUGUUGCGUUGUCUCUUUUGAAGGCAAUAGUCAAACGGAAAUUGGUUUCCCAUGAGAUUUAUGAUAUUAUAGUCAGGGUAGGAGAACUUAUGGUUACAACUCAAACUGAAUCUAUAAGGCAGCAAUGCAUUCAGAUUCUGCUACAAUUUUUUCUGAAUUAUCCACUUUCAGAGAAGCGCUUACAACAGCAUAUUGAUUUCUUCCUGACAAAUCUGAGUUACGAGCAUCCAUUAGGAAGAGAAGCUGUGCUCGAAAUGCUUCACGAUAUUCUUACCAGAUUUCCCCAGAGGAUUAUUGAUGACCAGGGCCAAACAUUUUUUCUUCAUCUUGUAGUUGCUUUAGCAAAUGAAAAGCACCAGAAUGUGUCAUCUAUGAUCCUUAGAGCAAUCCAGAAGAUGUUAGGACGCAUUGGUGAUCAGGGAAAGAAUUAUAUUUUCGAGUACUCUCUUUCGUGGUACACUGGCAAAAAACAGAAUUUGUGGAGUGCUUCAGCCCAGGUUAUUGGUUUACUUGUUGGAGACCGCUCACUAGGAAUUGGUAAAUACCUUAAAAGUAUAUUGGAUGUUGCAAAGCAAAUAAUGGAAUCUUCUGUCGCUGCAUCUGGGGGAGUACAGCUAGAUUUAACUGAUGAAACUGCCCUACCUUUUUGGAAAGAGGCGUACUACUCUAUUGCCAUGGUGGAUAGGUUACUACUACACUUUCCAGAGUUGUAUUUCUCGCAAAAUAUGGAGGAUAUAUGGAUGAUUGUUUGCAAGCUGUUGGUCCAUCCCCACUCAAAGUUACGUAAUAUGUCUAGCUCUCUUGUAGCCUCAUAUUUUACUUCAGUGGAGAAGAGGAAACGCGAGAAGUUGGAUGCUACAUCAUCAUUCCUUGUCCAACCUAGCAGGCUAUUCCUAAUAGCUGCUUCUUUCUUGAAACAAUUGAGGACGGAGCUAAGUGAUACUACCGCCAACAAUCUAAUUAUGCAAAAUCUUGCAUACUCGAUCUGUAACUUGCAUUUGUUGGUUAAGCAAAUAGCCUCACCGCAUCAGUUUUGGUCUAGCCUUGGUUCAUCUGAUCAUGGUGCCUUCCUUGAGGGUUUUGAAUUGCUCGGUUCAACAAAAGCAAAGAACACAUUUCUCCUCUGCACUGCUUCUUCCGCUUGUGCAGCUGGAUCUGAUGUUGACAGUAGCGAGGAACUUAUGUCUUUGUUAGUUUCUUCUCUUUUGAAGAGGAUGGGAAAAAUUGCAAUGCAGAUGGAGGAUACACAUAUGAAAAUCAUAUUCAGUUGUUUCAGUAUGAUUUCAUCGGCGCUUGGAGCUGAAGUGUCAGUGACCUACUCUGUUCACUUCUUGGCCCCAUUGUACAAAGUUGCUGAAGGGUUUGCUGGGAAAGUCAUCAGUGAUGAAGUUAAGCAAUCAGCAGAGGUGGCCCGGGACAAACUACGUAAUCUGAUUGGUGUUGAGAAAUUUGUCGAAGUUUACAACAGUGUCCGCAAGGACCUUAAAGCCAAGAGGGAGAGCAGAAAGCAGGCAGAAAAACUUGUUGCGGCGGUUGACCCGGCACGCCAUGCCAAGAGGAAGCUGCGCAUAGCCGCAAAGCACCGAGACCACAAGAAACGGAAGGUAAUGGCGAUGAAGAUGGGAAGGUGGUUGAGGUAGCUUUGGUGCUAGGGUAGAGCUGAAUUGUACAGCGUUCACUUUUGCCCAUUCUUGUUCUUGGUGCUAGCGGCAGGCCGGAAAUUUUGUACGCUAGUUAUAGGUAGCUUUACGGCUGCACUCAAUUUUGUUGACGACCUGUAACUCUCCAAGGUCCAAUGGGAAUUUGAUAAUAGGCCCAUUACAAGAUCUAAUGAAUUGGAUUGAAUUUGAACAAAUCCUGUGACCCGAAUGAAUUUCACGUGCAACGUGCAACACGCUGAUGGUAUGUUUGCGAA